AUGCCGCCGAAGAGAAAACCUGCGGCGGUCGCGGGUGUUACUGGAGUGCAGCAAUCGGUGAAGAGUUCAGAUAGAGCAGUGGGAGUGCUGCAACGCGUCGUGGAGCACGUGCGGGAGCACGCUGGUAAAUUGCCAUCGCAGACUAGGGACGACGAGAAGAAACUCUAUUUCCAAUUCAAAAAGCUCCGCGGAAAGCGGCACAAAGAGAAGCUGGGCUGCGCGCAUGGCGAUGAGAAGAAUGUCGCGCGCAGGUUCGAGCGCUUGCGUGACAGAGCACAGGGCGACCCCGACUCGGUCACUGCCGAGGCGCACAGGCUUCUGCGCAGAAUCCCGGCGGAGAUCGGGCCAUUGGCGCUCGUGCUGGAGAGGCAGCAGGAGGCAGAGCGGGAGUCGGCGGACUUCGCGAGGCGGCACGAGGUGGAUCCGCCGCGCCAUCUUCCCCGCAUCCAGACGCAGAUGGGCGAGGGCGACUCGCACUGCGGCUCUUCCCCGUUCCCGUUCCUUGUGAACAUGAAAAACACUUGCUACCUGAACAGCGUGGUGACCUGCCUCGUUCACUGCGCGGGGCCUCGCACGCACUUGCUGGAGAUGGACCGCGCGAGCGAGUUGCGCGAGGCGCUCCAGGACCUCAUCCGCAACUACACCAGCGGAGUCGCGGAGCCCGCAGAGGCGAAACCAUGGCACUGGGACGUCCUCGCGCCGUGCCGACUGGUCGAUGCGACAGGGAUGGGCGCCGCGUGCUUCGCCGCUCACGCGCCCGGGCUGCGCGGGGCCGAAAUGCCUCUCCGGUCAGACGACGUGCUCACGCCGAGGGAGCGCGUGAACACAGCCACGCGUCUCGGCAACCUGGCGACGCAGAGCCCCAUCGACGGUCCCGCUGUUAUUCAGGAGUUGCUGUCGGCCGAGGAUAUGAAGCUUCGCGCAACCCCGGCGACCCUGGCCAUUCGCCUGCCGCAGUCUAAAAUCAUGGAGAUACAGGGGAGCGGAGAGUCGGACGACGAGGAGAUCCUGUCGUGGAUUCAGUCGGAGGACAGCGACGGCGACUCUUUCUGCCCAGUCACCUGGGGAGAGAGAGGACUCGUCGACCUGCGCGCCUGUUGCGCGGACGGCUGCGAACGCAGGGAGCGCGCCGUGUAUCGCCUUCGUGCCUGCGUCCACUACUGCAACCGCGGACACGUGCCGGGGGCCGGCGUGAUCGACCAGGGGCACUUCACCGCCUCCUUCCGUGCGGCGGACGACAGGUGGUACGACGUCGACGACCUGGACCGCGAGGCGGUCGUGCGUGCCCGGGAGUGCUGCCCCGACCAGUAUCCGCAGAUCUGCUUCCUCGAGCGCGUGGGAGACCCCGAGGUGUCAGUGGCGAGCCUGAGCCCGCAUCUGGUGCACGCCGGCGACGACGACGACGCGCCCCCGGUGAAGCGCCAGAAGCUCCUGGGCAAGCCGGCGGCAGUCGACACGGGGCGAGUCAACCACGAUGGCCCUCCGUUGAAGCGCAUCAGGCUCAAGGGGAAGCAGCCUCCUGGCCCCUGCGCGGCUUCCUCGGCGUUCCGAACCCCGAAGAAGCAGCGCGAUGAUGAGCGGAACCGCAAGGGCCGGAAGCAGAACCGCGACGGGCGGAAGCAGGAUCGCGAGGACCUCCGCCAGAAUCGCAAGGGCACCGCGAUUCAGCAGCUGCGCAAGAUACCCGCGGAGAAGGCUGGCGACAACUCCGACGGCAAGCGCUGCGACCUGGACAAUGACCAGGCAGAGACGUGCCCUGUGGGUGCUUUCCGCACGGAGCAGGAGAUCUUCCGCGAGGCCGAGAAGAGCCGGAGGUGGCUCGGCGACGUGUUCGUCUGCCUGCGCCUCCUGGUCACGCGCCUCCCCGAGCCGCGCCUGGUGGCGGGCGAUCUCCUGAACAACUUGCCCGAGGUCCCGUCCUACAAGGCUCAUCAGAUGACUGGCGAGCGCUUGCAGGAGGCGCUGGGGGUUGUGGAGGAGGAGGAGAUCCGCGCCGCCGAGGCGCGCGUGCAGUCUGGCACGUGGAGCCUGGCGCUCGUGGCCACUCGGCUGGACGAGCUCCUCUUGGUAAACGACGCAUCCAUGAACGCGGUGGCGGGCGCGGGCACGGCGCUGGCGACCGCCCUGGGACACGUCGCAGUGCCCGCCGCGGCCACGGCGACCAUGCGGGCGCACAUGGACGCCGCCGACUGGCCCGCUCGCCCGCGAGACUGCGGACUUGCGGGCGCCGCGGCCAUGCCGCCGCGAUUGCGCCGAGAGCCUCGCGGGGAGGCGCCGCCAUGCCUGCCGCGCGCCUGCCAUCUCUGCGAGGCAUCCUACCCGACCAAAGAGGCUCUGCAGAAGCACGUUCGGCGCGUGCACGGGGGUGACCAGCGCGCGCGGGAGGCGUGGCUCAGCUUGGAGAGCGAGAAGCCCCACUUCGUGGAAACCGCAGGGAAGCGCAGGAUCCCCAUGCACUUCGCCCAAUCAUACCAGGUCUCAGCAUUCGCCAAGCUGGACGAAGCCCCUCCGCGCAGCCAUGCCCACUUCUGGUGCGCGUUGUAUCGACGGCUCGCCAGCGACGGCCAUCAUGACGUCGACCCGCGGGACCUGGACGCCGUCGCCGCCAUAGAGAGGGGAUUCAUCCCGGACAUCGCGCAGGCGACCGAAGAGGACCAGCCGCCAGCGGAGGAGCAGCCUGCGCCCGAGCCCCGCCGGUACGUCGCCUGCGCUUUCUGCGCGGUACAGUACUGGAACGACGAGCUCACGCAGGAGUUCAUCGCGGGGCCGAACUGCUUCAUGAAGAACCCAGCGAAGGUGGCACACCUGCUGUCAGCCGAAUGGUACCACGAGCAGUGGGAUCUGAUACCCUGGGAACAGCUGCUCGCCUCGAGCGUGGACCUCCCGCACCUGGGACCGGACGGGGAGACCAUGAUGACGACGCCGGUGCUCAUGCACAAGCGGCGCGUCCCGGAGGGCGCCUGCGCGGGCGCGAAGCACGUUUACGUCUGCCACAAUUGCAAGGACUGCUACAAGGGACCGACACCUCGCCUCUCGCCCAGCGCUCUUUCCAAUUACCUGUGGCUCGGGCGACACGAGCCCGUGUUCCGGGACGCGUCUCUGGGCCACCAGCUCCUCCUCGCACUGGGCCCCGUGGUCUCCAUGAAGGUCUACCUGUCCAGCAAGGGCGUCGACGAGAGAGCCAGGCAGCACGCGCAGACGUGGACGCAGCAGUUCCUCCAGCAGGGGAUGCAGGGCACCGCCGUCGCGUUCCCGAACGGGAACAUCGCCGACGACAUGCAGAGCUUCCCGCCCGAGGAAGAGGUGCUACAGCAUACCUUCGCGGCGGUGUUCACGGGGCCAGAGCGGCCCGCGGAGGAGGAGCAGGCGGCCAUCGACGGCGACGACGCGGAGGCAGAGAGACGACGGGAGGAGAUGGCAAGGCAGCGGCUCCGCAAGGAGGUGGAGCUCCAGGUCUGCAGAGAGGAGUUCGACGUGCAGGCCCGGCGUCUUCAGGCCACCAACUACGUCUACAACGACGACAAGGUGAAGUACAGGACUGACUUGAAGGACGCCCUGCCUGAGGAGCGCGCGGUUCCAUCCUGCAUGCUGGCGUGCGCCCGUUUCGUCAAGGUCGAUCCGGGCGACGAGGACGAUACCCAGGCGCGAGGGCCCGCCUCCUCGACGACCGCGGGCGCGCAGGAGAACGAGGCCGCGGCAGACGCGGACGCGGCGGAGUCGACGCCGUUCCUCUCUGUCCUCGACGACGACACUGCCGACGCGGCGGAGCUCUCCACCCUGCCACAACUGCUUCGCAUGCUGGAGAAUGCGAGCGCGAUGGGAGGCCGCGCGGUGGCCAACGAGACGUUUGCCAAGGUGGAAGUGGGCGGCUUCGAGGCGCUGGAUGAGGUCGGGCGCGACCGGCUGCUCAAGGCCUGCCGCGACAUUCACGAGCUCUGCCGGAAGGUAUCCCCAGAGGAAGAGCAUCGGCGGCUGCUCUGGCGAGUCCAACAGAUCGUCAGUUGCAAGUCGCAGGAAGACUACGACAUGGGCGACGAGGCAGUCCACGCGGCGGGCCAAGAGGAAGAGAAGUCGCGCGGGGAAGCAACCUCUGCCGCGGCGACGGCGGAGACGCCGACCCGCGCAGAGACGCAGCAGCAGCAGCCACCGAGCGCGGCUGAGGUCGCGGAGCGCGUCGCGUCGGGCGACGCAGAGGCGCGCGUUGCAGCGGGGCUUGCCGCGGGAGCGGGCGCAGCGCCCGAGGGGCAGCCGAGGCGCGCGCGCGCGCAGCUGCGAGUUCCCACAGGGAAAGAUCCGGCUUCCUGGUGGCAUCCCAGUUACUGGAGCAUUGCGAGGCCCACAGACUUCUGCUAUGGCGACUGCGCCUGGGGCCAUGAGAAUCAGCCCCACCCGCUGUCUGUGGUCGAGUGGAUCACGUUCCUGUUGCGCAGGGAGGAGCUGGAGUACACGCUGCCCGGCGAGGAGAAGCCUUACGUGGCGGCGAAGGUCAACCGUUUCAGAUGUUCCUGGCAGGUGCUGCAUCUGAUGCACUCGUUCUGGCGCGUGACCGAGACGACGAAGAGCGUGCACGCGGCCCUGAAGAUGCCCGGCGCUUUCGGGCUCGCAAGGAAACUCCAGGAGCUCAAACCCGAGGACAUCCAGGACGCCAUGCUGAAAAUGCACGAGAAGGGCAAGAAGGUGACGCUGCAGGGACUGAUGAGCGACAAGGACGUCCCCCAGAUGCUGCAGAUUGCGCUGUCCUCCAUGCAGCGCUGCGCCUCGGGCAUCCUCGGGUCCAACGGCCACCGCAAGCUCCUGCACCGCGAGGGAGUUGCUUAUACGCUGCGCUUCGGCCCGCCGCUGGUCUUCCUGACCCCCAACCUGGCCGACACGAAGCAGCCGCUGCUGCUGGUGGUGCAGGGGGAGGAGUACCACUUCGACGAGCGGAUCACGAACCUGAACCCCGCGUACAGGGAGAUGGUCCAGAGGCUCGCGCGUGACCCUGUGGGUAAGACGCUGGUGUUCGAGCUGAUGGUACGGCUCUUCUUCAUCCACGUUCUCGGGAUCCGCUCCGACGUCGUCGGCUGGCGUCGCGGCGCGGCGCGCAAGAGCUCCGGAGCGCGCUGCUUCGACAGCUUCGCGGCGGACUUUUUCGAGGACAGCAUCACGGGUCCCUUUGCGGCGGCGUUCGGAGCCAUCGAGGCUCAGGGCCGCGGCUCCCUCCAUCCCCACGUCCUCGUCUGGCUCGUGCUCAUCUCGAUGCAGGAGCUGCUGAGCACGCUGAUGCGAGACCGAGCCACAUUCAAGAAACGCGUGGAGUUGUGGAUGCGCGAGCUCGUGCACGCGGUGGCGUCGGUGCAGGAGUCGGCGGUCUCGGAGUAUGCGGGGUUCCUGCGAGGCGACCUGGCCGGCCCGCUGCCGCCCUACCUGAAGGUCGAGGAACUCCCUCUCGGCCCGAAAGAGCGCGGGCAGUCUGGCGCUGACGGCGAGCGGGAGACUGUCCCGGCGGAACGCCUCGACUUGGAUGAGAGCAAGGGCGACCAGGAGCUCUACUUCUGGCGCCCAGAUAAGAUCGAGGAAGACGAGAUGGAGCAGGAAGCAUGGCGCCCGAAGCUGCCACUGCGCAACGAAGAGGGCAACGAGGUGGACCUGGACACCUGGCGGGAGGAGCAGAUGGAGAAGAAAAAGAGCCUGUGGUCCACGAAGUUGAACGAGUUUCCCUCGGGACAAGUGCCGACGUUCCGGCUCGGUCACAGCGCGCAGAGCGCCAUGGACGAGUUCCGGCAGGCGCUGCCGUCCGAUGACUGGAUCAGAGCCAUGUGUAAACACGCGCGCGACCUCGUGAUCGGCUGCGCCGUGCACGUCUGCAGCCCGUCUUGCUUCAAGUACCACUCGAAGGGCUCAUCGCAGAUCUGCCGCCACAACUUCUACCACGUGGUGAAUCUGCACAGCCACGAGUCCGAGCAGACGGCGCGCAUCCGUCGACGCGGCAAGCCUUUGCGCGGCUGCGUCGGCAUCUUCCGCGACACGAGGUACGGCAUGGCUGGCCGUAUCAUCACCUUCCAGAAGCAUCCGGGCGAGUGCAGCACGAACUACACGGGUCUGGUCACCAUCGGCUCCAACCUGGACGUGCAGGAUCUCCGACGAGUGCUGCCGCCCGAGCUCUGGAUGGACCCGUCCGAACUGGAGCCGCCUGCCGAUACCUCAGAAUCGGCGCCGGACUGGGCCCACGGCGCCUACCCGCAGCGGUUCAAGGACAUCAGCAUCGGCAAGCAGGAGCACUGGGGCUGGAUGCAGCACCUGGGAACCACGGAGCACCGUCGGCACGCCGUCGUGACGUUCGAGAACUGGCACGAAGUGCUGAAGAACCUCGGGGAGAUGCCGCCGCAUGAGAUCGGUCGCCCCUCGGGCCCGGACGAACACUGUGACGGAGACGAGGCCUGCGGGGAAGCACGCGACUAG